AUGGGCCGAGGGGUGCGCGUGCUGCUGCUGCUGGGCCUGCUGCACUGGGCCGGGGGCGGCGAGGGCAGGAAGACCUGGCGGCGCCGCGGCCAGCAGCCACCCCCGCCGCCGCCCCCGCCGCGGGCCGAGGCGGCGACGGCGGCUGGGCAGCCGGUGGAGAGCUUCCCGCUGGACUUCACGGCCGUGGAAGGCAACAUGGACAGCUUCAUGGCACAGGUCAAGAGCCUGGCACAGUCCCUGUACCCCUGCUCGGCACAGCAGCUCAACGAGGACCUGCGCCUGCACCUCCUGCUCAACACGUCGGUGACUUGCAACGACGGCAGCUCGGCCGGCUACUACCUGAAGGAAUCCAAGGGCAGCCGGCGAUGGCUACUGUUUCUGGAAGGAGGCUGGUACUGCUUCAACCGGGAGAACUGCGACUCCCGAUAUGACACCAUGCGGCGCCUCAUGAGCUCCAAGGACUGGCCGCUCACUCGAACAGGCACGGGGAUCCUGUCCUCCCAGCCAGAGGAGAACCCCCACUGGUGGAACGCCAACAUGGUCUUCAUCCCCUACUGCUCCAGCGAUGUCUGGAGUGGGGCUUCAUCCAAGUCUGAAAAGAACGAGUACGCCUUCAUGGGCGCCCUCAUCAUCCAGGAGGUUGUGCGAGAGCUCCUGGGCAAAGGGUUGAGCGGGGCCAAGGUGCUGCUGCUGGCAGGGAGCAGCGCGGGGGGCACAGGAGUGCUGCUGAACGUGGACCGCGUGGCCGAGCAGCUGGAGGAGCUGGGCUAUCCAGCCAUCCAGGUGCGGGGCCUGGCUGACUCUGGCUGGUUCCUGGACAACAAGCAGUACCGCCGCACAGACUGCAUUGACACCAUCACCUGCGCGCCCACGGAGGCCAUCCGCCGGGGCAUCAGGUGCUCUGGGAGGGAGGGUCCAUCCUGUGCAGAGGGCCUGGGGUGUGGUGGCACCUGUGGGUGGAGAAGCUCAUGGGAGGCCAGGGGCAGCCUAACCUGCAGCAUGUGGCCUAGGUACUGGAAUGGGGUGGUCCCGGAGCGCUGUAGGCGCCAGUUCAAGGAGGGCGAGGAGUGGAACUGCUUCUUUGGCUACAAAGUCUACCCAACCCUGCGCUGCCCGGUGUUCGUGGUACAGUGGCUGUUUGACGAGGCCCAGCUGACUGUGGACAAUGUGCACCUCACGGGGCAGCCGGUGCAGGAGGGCCAGUGGCUGUACAUCCAAAACCUGGGCCGUGAGCUGCGGAACACACUCAAGGACGUGCCGGCCAGCUUUGCCCCUGCCUGCCUCUCCCACGAGAUCAUCAUCCGAAGCCACUGGACAGACGUCCAGGUAAAGGGGACCUCGCUGCCCCGGGCACUGCACUGCUGGGACAGAAGCCUCCACGACAGCCACAAGGCCAGCAAAGCUCCCCUGAAGGGCUGCCCCAUCCACCUGGUGGACAGCUGCCCCUGGCCCCACUGCAACCCAUCUUGCCCCACCAUCCGGGACCAGUUCACGGGGCAGGAGAUGAACGUGGCCCAGUUCCUGAUGCACAUGGGCUUCGACGUGCAGACAGUGGCACAGCAGCAGGGCCUGGAGCCCAGUAAACUGCUGGGGAUGCUGAGCAGCGGGAGCUAGGGCCCCGCCCACCUGCCCUCCAGGCCCUCCUGUCCUCCUAGGGCCGCAGGGCCCCGGCCAUCCCCGUCCUGGGUCUGGAUGCCCUCCCCUGGCAGCCUUCACUGCCUCUUUCCCACUGCCUCUGGGAGGCCCAGCCUGAGAUGGACCCACCGUCAGCCCAGCUGUGGCCCUGGGCCCCCUCCCAUCCCUCCCUCCUGACUCCCGCCUCCAGCCCACAGUGGGGAGUCAGAAGCACUGGAUUCCUCAGCCCCCAGCCCAGAAGGCCCCGCCCCAGCCCAGCCCCCAGCCUCGCCUGCCCUUUUGUAUUAUUUUAUAAAGUGACUUUUUUUAUUACUUUAAUUUUUUAAGAAAGAAAAAUAAGCAAGAAAUAUAUAGUGAAUGAUAUUGUUUUGUAACAUAUUUUUUUUAAAUAAUGAAGAAAAAAGAUAACAAAAGAG